CUCGACCAAUCAGAAAGACGUAAGGCGGGCCUUCGGGCAGAAAUACGCGAUGCAAACAGGAAGUGUGGCAUUGUACGCUGGGAACCGUAGGCUAGUUACAUGGAGGCCUAUGAACAGGUCCAGAAGGGGCCCCUGAAGCUGAAAGGCGUCGCAGAGCUCGGCGUGACCAAGCGGAAGAAGAAGAAGAACAACAAGGACAAGGCGAAGCUUCUGGAGGCGAUGGGGACAAGCAAAAAGAACGAGGAGGAGAAGCGGCGCUGCUUGGACAAGCGGACGCCGGCGCAAGCGGCCUUUGAGAAGAUGCAGGAGAAGCGGCAAAUGGAGCGGAUCCUGAAGAAAGCAUCCAAAACCCACAAGCAGCGUGUGGAGGACUUCAACCGGCACCUGGACACCCUCACCGAGCACUACGACAUCCCCAAAGUCAGCUGGACCAAGUAGGGCCAGCAGAGCCUUCUGGAACCUUCUCCUGCCCUGGCCUGCAUUUGCCACUGCUGAGCUGGCCCUUCUGGGAAGCGUCUUGUCGUCCUGGAACACAAUUAAAAUCAUACUGUGACUGUCCCUUUGCUCCACAUCCCUUUUCUUGUAGCAUUAGAGGGAAAAGCCCAGUUAGGUCAGGCUGGAAAGUUCCAGUUAUGGUCACUUCAGAGAGAUCACCGCAGAGAGUGCCAGUGCAGAGUCACGCUGCCUGGCGCACAGGCUUCUAGGGGGAGAAGCCAGCGCUGGCCCAUGGGUGCACUCAGGCAGGGAUCCACACCAGUCCCCCGGGUUGCGCCCAUUGCUGCCCAGCCAGUCUGACCACCAGCCCAGGCAGAUGCUGGCCUCAGCUCCCACACUGGGGCUGGCACAAAGUCCCCAUGUCUGCUGCAGGGCUGCUACUCACCAGUCACAGGUCACAGCUCUUAAUGACAGAAACAGGCGCAGCUCAAGACUGUGGGCUUCAGGGGACAAAUCCAGAACCAGUACUUGGUGCAGAGACCUCCACAGGCCACAUCGCCUGUGCUGUAGUUGGCACAGGGAGAGCCUCGCUACUGCGUGUGAGUGCAUCUCAUGUCUUCGGUCCAGCUCCUCGCCCGUCCCAGAAGUGCCACCUUCGGAAUCACCACACACAAACUGUUUGUGGGGCCGAAUGGUUACCAGGAAAACUAGAUGGUGCACUGGUGAUGCCAUGGUGGGCAGCUAAGACCCAAGGAGUCCUAGCUGAACAGCUCUUGUCCAGAAUCCAUGGGACUAGAAAUGGCCUGACCUUCAGAGCUUUGAGGCUGGGGUGACAUGCCCCUGAGUUCACAAGCCUCAAGUUCUUUCAUGAAUAUUUUCAUUAGCAUAUUCUGUAGUAUGUAAUAAAUACAUUAUUGUGGUGAAUUGGGA